AUGGAGGGUGUUGUCAUCUCAGUUUAUGUUAUGCUUGCCAUUCUGCAACUCAUGGUGAAGCAAGGACAGGCUACCGUAAGUUGUCAUCAAGUCAAUGAAUGUUUGUCUCCUUGCGUCGCUUACCUUACCUCAGGGACCGGUAACCCCACGGCUCAGUGCUGUGGUGGUGUGGGGAGGCUCCAGAAAAUUGCUGAGACCACCGCAGAUAAGCAGGAGGCCUGCAACUGUAUUAAGCAGGCAGCUGCCCGAUUCCCCACAAUUAAGGAAGAUGCAGCCUCGUCUCUCCCUGCUAACUGCAAUGCCCAAAUUAAUUCCCCAAUCUGA